GUGCUGCUCCGCAGAGGCGCGGGCCGGAGAGCCGGCUUCCAGCCCCUCAUUUUUGCGCGAAUAUUCUUUCAGGUAGCAUCCGGCCCUGAGCUGCAGUGGAAAGCUCUGGAGUCGGCGGUGCAGCAGGAGGGAGCGGUCACGGCCCGGCCCUGCGCUGCGGAGGGGCUGAGAGGAUUAAGGCGGCAGGGACGGGCGAUCUCCGGUCCAGACCAAAGGCAGCCCCGAGUCCUCGGUAGUUCUUCCGCGUGUCUCAUGCACGAUCCGGAUACACCGGGAAGCAUCCGUUUGUCUGAAAUUCAAAUUUAACUGUGUUUUCAUUCGCUAUUCGUCGGACAGUCUAAGCGGAAAGCUCUUGGGCACAAUAGGGCAAAGCUGAACACUGGGCACCUCAGCCCGAGCCGUUAGGGGCGCGGCGAGUCAUCAGGCGCGAGAGCGUUCACGUCCACGCCCGGAAGCGUCCGCGUGGGCAGCACCGCGGCUUCUGGGCAAGCAGCCGGCCCGGAGCGGAGCUAUGCGACCUUCGUGAGCUAAGCCCCGGUGGUCACUCAGUCCCGUCUCUCGCUGAAGGCCAUGCUGGGAAGGCCGGCAAGGGGUCAGCGCGGAGCCGCCCUGGUCCCCUCCCUGCUCUUCUCCUGUCCCCAGCUAGAAGUCAGCGCCUUCCUGAGCAGGGCAGUACAGGACGAUCGCAUCAUGUGUGGGGAGUUGGUUCGUAUACACAGCUCAUCUCCCUGAAUUUCCUGCCAUAUGAGGUUGCAGAAACACUUUUGGACUCUGUGACCCCACGCGAGUGCACUCUUCCAUCGCGAAAUGCAGCAGCGCACAAGGCGGUGCACAUGGCCGCAGGAUCUCCUCCGUUUCCCUUCUAGGGCCGCAGGCCAGGAGAAAAUCCGAGUCCUGUCAUUAUUAUGGAGGAGCAGAAAACACGGGUGGGCGGCGCCUCGCUCGGUCCUGCGUCCUGUAAACCCCACCUGCCCUUCGCUCUUCUGCCUUUGCUCCGUUCCUUUGCUGCUCCCUUUCUUUGGGUCAGAACCAGUGGACAUGGGGGUCCAUAGAUUUGGCCUUCCUUCAUUUCGCGUCUGUCUUACAUGGAAGACGAGGAAGUGCGUGCCAGGCCUGAGUGGACACCGGGUUUCCGAGGAGGAGAAGAAGCGGAGCGAAAACGGGGAGGGGGAAACGGAUGGAGACCGAGGGGCCCUCAGCCUCCCAGAGGCCUGGGGACAGCACGGGGACUCAGGCCCGGGCUUCCUCCAAAGAAGCUCAGACAGCCUCCUCGCCAGGAGCGGCUCCAGAGGGUCAGUGUUGCAGGGGACCCCCUGGAGCCACCCUGAGGAUGAGCUGCAGCCGCAAACACCCCACCAAGGCCUCUGGGGCGGGCGGUGCCCUGACUCGGUUUCCCAAGCACCCUCAGCCCAUCUGCUGCCCUCCCCACAUGGCCUGAAGCUCCGGACACAUUUAUCAGAUUUUUUGGGUCCCAUCCAAGGAACCUGUGAAGGAUUUUCUGAAAACAAAUUUGGACAGGCUCAAAAUACAAACAAGCAUGAGUUUUCUUCAAAUCUAGAACUCUGGUAAAAAGAAUUUUUGAGUGAUGAAGGUAUGCCAUGUACUGUAAUUCUUAAAUAGCCAGAAGCUAGGCGCUACAGUUCUCGUUGUGCAGACAAACAGAAGCUCUGUGAGCUAGUGGCUGUCAGUAUCUAUUUACUGGUAGACACUGGCUGGUAUUUAUUUGGUAGGUGCUCAAUAAAUGUUUGUUGAAUGACUAAAUGAAGUCAAGAGGUGCAUAUAAAUGCACCCGAGUGUAUGCACAUACAUGUACGCUAGAUUCAGGCAGGUGCCACACAGGCUGCAACCCUGAGCUCUCAGCCCCACCUCUGCCACCUCUCUACCACUGGCUGUAAUUCUGGGGUGCAUGACACCGACAGGGUCACCUCCUUGGAAAUAACUGGACACAAGUGACCUGCCUGGGGUCAGUGUGCAGACAGUGCCAGUGAUCCAGGGCUUUUCCAGUUUAGGAAAAUGUUUACACAGCAGCUGUGAAUGCUCCACAUUUCUUCAGAGUGGGUUUCUGCAAGCUUUGUGUUACCUAGAACGAGGAUAAUAGGGCACUCGCUGGGGACUUCUGGGUACAGGCAAAUGCUUCUGUGGAAUCCUUAGCAGUGCCGAAGUCCCGGGAGGGCAGCGGGGUAAAGAUUCCAAAGAAGCUGGCAAGAGAGCUGUGUGCGAGCUGUAGGGUCCCAGC